CUGCGGCUGCGAAGUGUCUGGAAGCACAGCGUCCUGAGACUGCAUCCUGCUGCCGCAGCCCGCUGGAGCCGCCUGACAAGGACCACCAUCCACCAUGGUGAAGCUGGGCUUCAGCUUCUCUGGGAAGCUGGGCAGAGACCCUGGGUAUCUGGACACGGCUACCAUGGACAGCGUCCCUCUGAUCAGCCCCCUGGAUGUCAGCCAGCUCCAGCCACCAUUCUCUGACCAGAUGGUCAUCAAGACACAGACAGAAUAUGGGCUGCCCUCCACAGACCAGCUGAAGAAGUUUCCGGACCUGGAGGCCCAGAAGCUGGCCUGCACCAACCCAGAGGAAGGACGUGGGAUGCCCACAGCACGUAUGCUCGCCUUCGUCAUGGCUCUCAUGGGCUGUGUCCUGAUCAUGUACAAGGCCAUCUGGUAUGACCAGUUCACCUGCCCAGAUGGCUUCCUGAUGCGGGUAAGCAGGCAAGCUUGGCUCCAGGGUGGGGAGAAGGCCCCCAGGAAGAGUACCAGGGGGGGCCCUGUGUUCUCCUGUGGAAGCCUGGGGAUGGGUGCCCCUAGGUGAGCCCAGGGUGUGUCCCACUCCUGUGGGAAUGUGAUCUCCAAAACUCCUUGUGUUCCCAGAACAUAUUCAAAUCCUCUUUUGAAAGAUUAAAAGAAAAGGUGUUUUAGGAAGAAGUUUUAUCUUCCUGUAAGUUAAAAGUAAGUAAACCCUAAGGUAGGAGGUGCAGCAGACAGAGGUGAGUGGGGUGGUCGGGCCUCCCUGGUUCAGCAUCUCUCUACCCUGGUCUCUUCCUCACGGACUUAUGCGGGGGCUCCUAUGUAAUAUGGCAUUAACAUUUUCUCCAUAGUUGGCAAAUGUUUUCUCCUUUCUCUUUUUUCUCUCUUAAC